AUGCGCGCUGCAGAGCGCGCCGGCCGCGCAUGCGCUGGUGUGGCACAGGAGCCGCGCGGAGCCGCCGGCGCGCGGCCCCUCAUGGCCAAGCGGCGCGCGGAGCCGCUGAUGUGCCACGUGCCCGUGAAGCGGCUGCUGCGCGAGCCGGCGCUGCCCCGCGCGGGCGAGCGGCGGCUGUGGCGCCCCAGGACGCGCCGGCGGCGGAGGGACGCGCGGGCCGCCGGGGAAAAGAGCGGGCCGCCGCCGCCGCCGAGCUUGUCCACCUUACCUGAGGUUAUGCUCAGCUUCAUCCCCGUCCCGCAGUGCGGUGGAAGCUUGCAGAGGUUACUCUGUUGUCGCCUCUGUUGUGUGAGGGAAGAAGAAGAAUUCUGUCAAUAUAACUCAUUCCUGUACUGGAGAGCACCACUGCCUGCUAUUGAUUUGUCUGAUAUUCAGAACCUAGAUGAAGAGACUCCAUCGGGUGCUAAAACUGCUGCAAGGACUGAUACCGCAGAGACUGAAAUGGAAACCUGAUCAGUUGUUUCAUAGCUGUGCAUCUGUUCCCAGAGAACUUGUUUCCAUUGAGAUUCGAGUUUCGUUCCUUGGGUGAAUAAUAAGCAUGCUUAUGCGGUCUUGGAAAAACUGUUGUGGCAGUCUUUGAAAGCAAAUCUGAGUUGCCUUAGUGGAUGGGAUAAACGAUAUUGGGUACUUAACAGGAAGCUGUUUGAAGGUGUUCAGUAAGGAGCCAACAGUGUCUAACAAGAAUACUUGAAGACAUGGAGGCAUACUAAAAGAAGAAUUAAGAAAAUUAGAACUUCGGGAUGCAAUUAAAGGAAAUGGGGAUCUAUUACAUGUCAAAAGGAAAUGCAAAAUUAUUUUGUCUGUCCUGAACAAAAAAAUGUGUGGUACCUGAAAUACCUAACGUGAAUUUUUCAUAAAGCACACAAACUCUGUGAUUCCUAAUGUGUUAGGGUUUUUUUUCUGUAUAAUAGCUAAACCAAAAAAAUGAAAAGUCCAUCAAAAUCGGACAAAACAUUCCCUUUUCUAUGCAAACCAAAAACCAAGUGUGGCAGAGAAGGGGAAGGAAAAGGGGCUACUUUCUGCUGAAAGCUGCUGCUGUUCUAAAAGGUUUCACAUUUUCAUUGUGAAAAAGUUUUCUCACCUUCUCUUUUUCACAUUACAGACAGCAGUGGGCACCCAUUUUUUUAUGUUUUUGGUUCAUUCUAAAGUUACUGCUAUUCUUAGUCUUUGUGAUGUUGCUCUGAACCAGUUGAUGGGAUCUGAAUGACAGGUUUGGGCAGAUGUGUCAAGAAAAGUUAGUGCAAUAUAAAAUGACCACACACACUCUUUCAAAUUAUACUGAAUGAGGUGUAGUUUUUGCAGAGACUGUGAAUCUUGCAGAAAGUUUUUGCAGAAGUUCAUUCAUAUAGUGUUAUUUUGCUGUGAAAUAUGAACUUAAUGUUUGUGAUUUGCAAUUUAUUUACAAAUUGAAGUACAAUUAGAUGUCUUUAAUAAUAGACUGAAGUUGUAUGGAAGGACUUACAUUUUGGAAUACAGUGUGUCUUUAAGGAUAGAAAACAUAUUUUUUCUGUAAUCACUAUGGAAAAAGGCAACUUUUCAAUUUUAUUUUUUUCUAAUAAUGUGUUUGUUAAAGGACAAUAAAGUUUUGCCUGUGUGUAUGUGAA